CCCUCUCCUCACCCACCCUCAUUUCCCGUUCCCCGAUCGAUCCGGCGUCGUCGCACCUCUCGCUGCCGGUGCCGUGCUGUGUGGACUUCAGCCUCGAGCCUCGCACACUCUCGAACCAAAGGCGCACUCGACUCUCGGCCUCUUCUCGGCGCAGCUCCUCUCUGCCUCCUCUCUCUCCGUGCUGUUGCCGUGCACUGCCGUCUGUCCCAGCACCUUUACCGCUCUCCCGGAUCUCCCUCAUCACCAUCUCCCUCCUUCCCUCUACUUCCUCUGCCUCACUCCACCUCUCCACUCACCAUCAUGUCCUCGCCGCUCGCCACGCGCCGCCAAAGCGAGGUCCUGCCGUGCGCCUUUGCCGGCACCGCCCCGCGCUCUCGCCGUGGCUCGGCGCCCGACCUGGCGCGCCACGACGUCGGCCCACGACGCAGCUCGCCGCUGCAGAAGUACGCCUACGCCUACGCCGGCGGUGCUGAGGCGAGCACAUCGGCUGCCGCGGCCGCCUCACCGCGCACAAAGGCACGUCACUUGCCGCACCGCAAGUCCCUCUCCUCGCCUGGAUCGCCGGCAGGUAGCGCAGCGCCGAUGCUCGCCUCGCUGCUGCCGCACGUCGCUGAGCGCCAGCCACACCUGAUGGACAUUUCGCCGCUCUCUUCGUCUGCGCCCUCGUCGGCGCCGAGCCCGCACACGCCCGGCGCCGCCAGCGCAUGCUCGCCUGGCUCGUCGCGGAACAGCGGCAGCAAGGUGAAGCUCUCGGCCGCGCAGCGCAGCGCCAUCGCCAAGCUCGUCCUCUCGCGCCUCGUGUCUGCCUCACCGUCGACGCCGCCCGUCGAGCAGCUGGCCGCCGUCUCCCGCCCGCCAUCGCCGCCGCGCACGACUCGCGUACGCGCCGCCUUCUUCACGCAGCGCCACGAGGGCCAGCCGCCGAUGUCGCACGGCGUCUUUGCCAGCCACAUGUUCCGCGCCGAUGCCUCGCCGCUGAAGCGCUCGCAUGAUGCGCUCGAGGAGGACGACAGUGAGCGCUUCACCGAGCUGCCGGCAGCGCCCGCGCCCCGGUUCCAGCCGUUCCUGCACCACGUGGAGCGCCGCGACUCGGAGCACAUCUCGCCGCUGGCCGCCAGCACCUCCAGUCAGAUGCCCUCGGCCGUCGCCGUCUCUACGCCGCCCGUCGCAGCUGCUCCGCGGCAACAUGCUCCGGCCACCUGGGCGCACUUCUACGCCUCGGAAGCGGCGUGGGCCGAAGGUGCGCUGGCCGAGGCGCGCCGCAUCUCGGGCGAGCGCGACGAGGCCGCUGCCGCACGCCCUUCCGACGCAUACAUGUCCAACGUCGCCGCCUUUGCACAGCCGAGCCUGCAGCAACGCCGGCAGACGGACAUGCCCAUGUCGUACGCCAAGCGCCUGCGCACCGAGGAGGCAGCACCGCCUCGCCGCAACACGGACGGGCCCUGCAUGGCCGACGGCAACGCCUCGCCGGGCCUCGUCGGCGUGCUGAGCAACUUCCGCGACAUGCUCAAGAGCCGAGAGGCUGGCUGCCGCGGUCUCGAGGAGCUGGCGCGCGAGGCCGGCCGCAUGGGAGAGCUCGACCUGCUCCGCACGCCGCCGAGCCAGGAGCACGUCAAGCGCGACAUGAGCGACGAGGAGGUCGACUGAACGUCUCGUGCUCGUCGUUGUCCUCUCCUCGUCUCGUCCAACCCUUGCGCAGCCACUCCUGCUAACCGUGGCGCUGUCCCACACCCCUUUCCACGCUGCAUUCCGCGUCAUACACGGUCCUCCUCACUUGUCACCGUCCUGCUGCCUUCUCCUGUCACCUUGCCUGCUCCCACAUGUCAUCUCACACCCACACACGCACAUCCUCGCUAACGAUGCUCAUUCUCCCGG